AUGACGGCGCCUUCUUUCUAUGACGUGCUGGGCGUGCAGGCGAGCUCAAGCGCCGAAGACGUCCGCCGGGCAUACCAUCAAGCGGCUCGCAAAUAUCACCCGGACAAGCGCUCGAAUGAUGUAAAUGCGUACAAUACCCACGACGAAGAUGAGCAACAGUUCUUGCGCGUCCAGGAGGCCUACGAGACGCUUGGGAACGAGGAUCUAAGGCGGGACUACGACACCAAGAUGCAACAGGACGAGUUAGUGCGCAAGAGAGAGCAGGAGAUAGUGGUCGUGUCCGACGAAAUCCCGCUUGUUGAUAUGCAGCGAGAAAUCUUGAAGGGCGAAGAUGGCGACGAGGACGAGGUGAUCUACACUCACCACUGCCGCUGCGGAGAUCUAUACGAGAUCACACAGGACGAACUGCAGGACGGUGUGGACGUCGUGCCAUGCACCGGAUGCUCGCUUCAUAUUCGCGUACUCAAAGAAACUACUGAACACAGGCUUUGA